AUGCUUCCUCGCCGCGGCGGCUGUGGGCCGCUGCCCCACCCACCCACAAAGCGGCGGCGUGGGGAAACGGAUGGCAACGUGCAGAGGAGUCGGAUGUGCCCAUCCACCGCGCGCGUGUACCGCCUUCUCUCCGAGGACAUCGCAACGCAGAACAAGACGUGCAGCAAAGUGCUUCAGGUGCCGUCAGCAACGGUGUUCAAUUCCACUCCCCUAAUGGGGAAUGUAUCUUGUGAGGCCACUGUUCCAACUGUGGUCCUGACAAUCUGGCAGGACACAACCUUGGCUGACAUUGCAACGUUACUGCUGGAGGGUGUUCGUGAAGAUGUUGAUCUUGUUUUUGCGACGGCUCAAGGAGGUACUCAAAGCGGUGCUCUGAGUUCUGUGUGCAGUCUUACCUCUCGCUGUGCAGCAUACUUGGUCAAAUUAUCUUCAGGCUCUGUGAGCGCGGAGGGCACUGCUACACUGUGUGCGCUUGCCACUAUUGAACUCCGGCAGGUUGUGAGUGAGGAGCCCUUUGUUUUUCCUGUCCGCCGCUCCUCUAGCCUCGACGUUGAUACGACCGUGUCUUUGCUUCCGUACAGAUUGGGUGAUCCUCUUUUUUUCACCUGUGUGCGUGUGCAGUGA